CAGAUUAAUCGUGUGCUUGUUAUUCCUACCUAUCCUUAACCAUUAGAAAACAAUGCUGCGCUCGGAGGACUACCACGCCCACAUAUCAAAAGUUCAUAGGACACAGAGUGUUCUCACAGAUGUCCCUCGCUACCCCAAUGCUCACCUAGCCUUCAGCAACCAACACAGCCAUCACAACACCCUUUCUAAUGAAAGGGUUGAGUAUGAUGAAACCACUCCUGAGACUGAGGGUGGUGAAGUUGUGGAUGUUGAAAGGGAACAGUGCAUCGCCAAGAAGAACAAGGGUGGCUUUGAAUUGCACAAGUGGAAGACCUAUAGGCCUUAAGAAAGCUUAUAGCCACAAGCCUAGUUUGUCAUAAAAAAAAAAACUACCAAAUACAUACAUCAAAAUCAGCAAUAUGAUUGUGUGAAAUAAAUGCCUGCAUAGCCAGCCAUUAUGUUUGCUUAACCCCGGAGUGUUUUAUAUAUGUAGUAGUACAUUAGUACUAAACUUUCCCAUGAACUAUUAAUGAAGCAUAUACAUCGGUAUAUCUACAGCUUAUUUUUAUUAUAGCA